AUGGAGUCCUACAUAGAAAAAGCACGUCGCUAUGCUCAACCUCCGCCUCCGGGUGCGCCUCAAGGCGUCGCCGUCCCAAACUCAAAGCUUCCCGGUAGAUCCGCAGUAUACCGACAUUGGCGGCGGGGAGAUGAGCUGCCAGACUACUUUGACCCCGAUUUGUCUUCCGGAUAUGACAUGUUUGAGCAGACUGCCAAACGCCAACCCGACGCACGAUGCCUAGGCUACCGCCCAUACAAUGGCUCAACCAAAUCUUUUGGUCCAUAUAUUUGGUACUCCUACGACAAUGUCUUGAAGAGGAGCACGGAUUUUGGCAAGGGCCUUGCGGAAUUAUUGGAAGCUAACGGAGUUGGAGGCCGCCAAAGGCCGGUUGGUCUGUGGUGUGCAAACCGGCCCGAGUGGCAGUUUGUCGAUCUCGGCGCGAUGUCACAAUCUCUGUACAGCAUCUCGCUAUACGAAACAUUGGGACCAGCUGCCACAGAGUUUCUGAUCAAUCAUGCCGAAAUCCCCGUCGUUUGUGCCUCGCUCGAGCAUAUUCCCGCGUUGAUAUUGGCGGCUCCUCGAUGUCCAUCACUCAAGCUCAUCAUUUCGCUUGACCCAUUGACAGAAGAGAUAGACGCACCUGGGACUUCGAGAAAAGAACUUCUCAGUAGCCUAGCUGCAGAAAAGGGGCUGCAGGUACACGACUUUCGAGAUGUGGAAAAGGCCGGCCAAGCAUCUUCACGAUCCCUCAACCGACCGAGGCCCGACGAUAUUUUUACCAUCAACUACACGUCCGGGACCACGGGCAACCCCAAGGGCGUAGUACUCCGCCACUCCAAUGCCGUUGCUGCAACCGUAACGUGUCUCACGGUAUACCCCAUGAGAUCGAGCGAUGUCCUAUGUUCAUAUCUGCCGCUGGCGCACAUCUACGAGCGCUUUGUCGAAAUUUCCGCCAUGUACGGCGGCGGCUCGAUUGGUUACUUUCACGGCAAUCCCCUAGAGUUGAUAGACGACCUGAAGCUCCUGAGACCGACGAUAUUUACGAGCGUGCCUCGCCUCCUCAACCGAAUGGGCAGCUCCAUCAAAGCGGCCACGAUAGAGCAGCAGGGGGUCAAGGGCGCGCUGUCUCGCUACAUCAUGGAGACAAAGAUGGCAAAUAUAGAAAAUGAUGAUCCGGCAAAAGCAACCAACAAACACAUGGUUUAUGACAGGAUAUGGGGCCGAAAGAUCACCGCAGCACUCGGACUGGAUCGUACAGUUCACAUGAUGUCCGGGUCUGCGCCUUUGGAUGGGGGGUUGCAGCAGUUCUUGCGCAUCGUCUUUGCCACUGAGAUCGUCCAGGGGUACGGAUCAACCGAAAUGUUUGCCAUCUGCCUCGCCCAAUCUGCCGGCGAUAUGAGCGUCAGAAAUUGCGGCGGACCUGCUGCUUGUGUUGAGGUGUGUUUGUUGGAUCUGCCCGAUAUGGGGUACUUCUCCAGCGACCAGCCUUGCCCGCGUGGGGAGCUGCUCAUGAGGGGGCCGAACGUCUUUUCCGAGUACUACAAGGACGACGAAGAGACGAGCAAGGCUUUUACGGAAGAUGGGUGGUUCAAGACUGGCGAUAUCUGCGCUGUUGAUGAGCUGGGCCGCUUCAGCAUUAUCGACCGCAGAAAGAAUCUCCUUAAACUGGCGCAAGGCGAGUACAUUUCGCCCGAGCACAUUGAAAAUGUGCUCCUUGCCCAACGUCCUUGGCUUGCUCAGGGCUACGUGCAUGGCGACUCGGCAGAAGCUCAUUUGGUUGGCAUCUUUGGUGUGCAACCUGACAUAUUCUGCAAUUUCCUCAACAGGACUCUUGGGAAAGAGUGUAAGCCAGAAGACACUGAUCAGCUCGAGGCUGUGCUGCAAGAGCCAGAGGUGAGAUCCGCUGUGGUGAAGGAGCUGGCCAUGGUCGGAAAGAGUGCCAAGCUCAACAGCUAUGAGAUCCCCCGAGCAGUCCGGUUAAUGAUAGAACCUUUCACGGUCGAAAAUGGAUUGCUCACACCAACGUUGAAACUGAAGCGCCCACAGACGGCAAAGAAAUUUGAUCACCUGAUCAAGGAAAUGUACGCCGAGACACGAAAGACGAGCACACUCAUGGCAAAGCUUUAA